CCCGCGGCGGACAGCUGUGCGCUGGGCCGCCCGAGUCAGUCGUCGUGUGAUGCCGCUGGCAUGGUGAGGUGGCGGGCGCUGCCGCUGCUGCUGCCGCUGAUGCUGUCGCUGCUCGUCGCCGCCCUGGUCACCGCGGACGGCCAGGCGCCCAUCAAGUGUCCCCCGGGUAUGCACCAGUGCGAGAUCAGCAACCAGACCAAGUGCUUCCUGCCGGACGCGCUGUGCGACGGCGAGCCCGACUGCGCGGACGGCUCUGACGAGGCGGGCUGCGCGUGGUGCCGGCCCGGCAGCCUGCUGUGCGGGGGCCGGUGCGCGCGGCGCUGCGACGGCGUGGUGGAGUGCGAGGACGAGCGCGACGAGGCGCCGUGCCCGCACUGCCGGGGCGGCGCCGUGCUGUGCGCCGGCCGCUGCGUGCGGCUGUGCUCCUCCAAGCAGGACCCGCAGCCGGCGGGCUGCGUCUGGCGCUGCAACGGCAUCGCUGAGUGCGAGGACGGCGGCGACGAGCGGCUGUGCUCGCGGUGCGGCGAGGGCCCCGAGGCGGCGGGGGCGUGGAGCCCGGGCGCCGACCGGCCGCUGGACGGCUGGAGCCCCAGCUGGACCGUCGGCUGGACCAGGGGCCGCGGGCCCGUGGAGGACCUGUCCUGCGGCCGGCCGUCCCCGGCGCGCGAGCUUGGCAUGCCCAGGCCCUUCCACAACGUGACGUGCGGCCGGCGCUGCGACGGCGUGGCCCAGUGCGCCAACGGCUGGGACGAGCGCCACUGCGGGCGCGCCUGACGGCGGCGGGGGUGGGCACCGCCGCACCAACAUGGCUGUGAUGUACAACGGCACGCGAAUCUCAGAGGUGGACGAGCAGGUCGGAGGCCAUCCGCCCGGACGGCAGCGGGGUGCUUGCUUGACGCGGGGCCUCCAGAAACCCCCCCGGGCCACCUCACCCGGGCGUCGACGGCCUGCAGCAGGCGGGCGCGCCAGCAAGCGUGUGCACUGUGAUAAGACGUCAACAAAGCGCUGACGAGUCAAAGGCCACCGCACGAGCCUGUGUGAUUGGAUGGGUGGGUGAGUGAGUGAGUGAGUGAGAGAGCGUGAGGAAGAGUGAGUGUGAGUAGGUGUGCCAGUGCGCUUUUCAAACCAAUUCUAGUCCCUUUUGCCUCUCCAGCUCGAGCCUGUACUUGUCAAAAAGCGCCAAACCGCGUUUUGCACAUUGGACUCAAGCCUCAUUUUUAGCCAAAUGAUUUCUCAUACUUACGUCCCAAAACAAAGGGGACGCUCUGUAUAGACCGACCUACCUUCCUUGGGGUACAAAUGCCGUUUAAAUAAGGCUGGAGGGAUUGCGGUAAGUCAACCCGCAUGAACAGUUCUGAGGCAUUAUUUUAGAUUUAAUGUUAUUUUUAAGUGUUAAGACUUUUGCAUCCAAAAUAUUGAAUGUCUUGUAUUCCAAACAUCUUUUUCUUUGUCUGUUGUAUUUUUAUAGUUUGUUACCAGUUUA